AUGAUGUGGGCCCUUGCGUCGCUCCUGCUUGCAGGUCUUGCCCGGGCAGCUAUCCCCAACGCCAUGCUUCGCGGCAUGCCUUCUCUCCCAAAGAUCCCAGUGCCGGCUCGUUCUAUCACUUCGCCGAAUGGCACAGCACUCCCACCCAUUACGACCGUCUAUUACUUUGAUCAGCUCAUCGACCACAAUAAUCCAGACCUCGGGACCUUCCAGCAGCGAUACUGGAUGAACUGGGAGUUUUACGAGCCCGGUGGUCCCAUCGUCUUGAUGACGCCUGGAGAAACUGACGCGGAUGGCUACGAGGGCUACCUUACCAAUGAAACCAUCAAUGGUCUCAUUGCUCAACAACAGAAUGGUGCAGCCGUCCUUGUCGAGCACCGUUUCUUUGGCUACUCCAAUCCAUAUGACAACCUCACGUCGCAAUCUCUCGCCCUCCUCACCAUCCAGCAGGCCAUUGAUGAUCUCGAUUAUUUUGCCAAUACCGCUGACCUUCCCAUGCCUGGGGGCGAUGCUGUGAAACCAGGUCAGGCGCCAUGGAUACUGAUUGGAGGAAGCUACUCGGGGGCCCUCACGGGUUGGACGAUGGUCAACAAACCGGGCCUUUUCUGGGCCGCAUAUGCAUCUUCUGCGGUCGUAGAAGCAAUCACUGACUAUUAUGGGUAUUUCACUCCUAUUCGCGAGUACAUGCCACAGAACUGUUCCUCCGAUGUAGAGGCAGUGAUUACCUACCUGGAUGGAUUGUACGCGGCUAACAACACAGCUGGAAUCCAGACCCUCAAGGAGGCAUUCGGCCUUGGCGAUGUUGUACACGUAGAUGAUUUCGCCAGUGCACUUCAAUACAACCUGUUCGAUUGGCAAUCUCUGCAACCUGAUGUCGGUCCAGGAGCAAUGUUCUUCGAUUUCUGUGAUGCACUCGAGGUCAAGGACGGCGUCAGUGCCGGACCUGAAGGAUGGGGUCUUGAAAAUGCCAUCUACUCUUGGGGCAACUUCUGGAAUACCACUUACUACAACUAUGUCUGUGGAUCCGAGGAUGCUGAAACCUGUCUUGGGACGUAUAACACGACCCAGUCCUACUAUACUAAUGUUACCAUAAAUAAUGCUGAGAGGUCGUGGUUUUGGAUGGUGUGCAAUCAAGUCGGAUGGUACCAGGUUGGUCCUCCUGAAGGCCAGCCAGCAAUUGUGAGCCGCAUCCUCCAACCCAUUUACGAAGAGCGCCAAUGUGUGAACAUGUUUCCUCAAGCCUUCGCAUAUCCACCUCAGCCAACCACUACACAGACCGACAUGAUGUAUGACGGUUGGAACAUCGAUGUUCCACAACUCUUCUUCGCCAAUGGCCUACGUGACCCUUGGCGCGAGGCAACUGUCUCUGCUGAUGGGCUAUAUAAGGCCAACACUACCAGCAUGCCGAUCUAUGAGGGCGAUGGAUUCCAUUGCUCGGAUCUGAUCACGGAGAAUGGCAUUGUAGACCCGACCAUCGCGGUCGUGCAGGCAGCAGGAUUGAUGUACAUGAAGGAGUGGCUUGCUGAGUGGACGCCGUCCGCGUGA